AUGGUCGGCCAGGCAGCAUGGCAGAGGCACGAUCUGCAGCAGCAGUGGUGGCAGCGAGUGAGUGGAGGAAUCCGGGCUGGAGGAAGGAGUGGGAGAGAAGAGAAGUCCCCCAUUCAACCCGCCUCCUCCCUCCCUCUCCCUCGUCCCUCCUCCCACUGCCCCACUCGCGUGCAGUGCUAUGCGAGCGUGGUGAACGAGGAGCUGCACCUGGCACUGCGCGCACACAUGGCGCCGGCGGUGUUCCUGCCUGCCACACCGCGUGACUGCAGGCGUGGACAGCCAGCUGUGGUAUUACACGAGUGUGUGAGUGGGCUUCUGGACGGACGCCGUUCACGGAAACCAGUGGGUGCAGGUGGAAGAGGUGAAGCUCGGAUGGAGCUCACUGUCGAGGGCAAGGGCAACAGCAAGGUGCAGGAUCCGAUGUAUGCCGUGCUCGUGGAGGUGAUUUUGAGUCGACUCAAAAGGCAGCUGUUCUUUACAGUGCAGAAGGACAAGAACAGCGGUGGCUCACCUCUCCCAACAACCCUCUCCUCCUUCCAACCCCCUUCCCUCUCCCUUCUUCCCCUAACCCGCUCCCUCCCCAACUCCCUUCUCCUUCCACAACCCACUUCGCGACGUUGGCUCUCCUCUCAUUCACAUGCAGCUGAACCAAGGAAAGUGCAGCUGAAGCAGUGGUCGUGCCACCACUAUGGUGGGUGGAGGGGAGAGGGGCUGGUGUUGCAGAUAGAGCUGAUCAUCCUCCUGGGCGGCAUGUGA